GAAGGACAUUUAAAGCGUGUGCGAUUUUCUCCAUAGGAAAUGCACGUGUAGAUCUAGUGCGCGUACGUCAGCUAGCCUGCAACUUCUACCGGCGUCUUGCUCGAUUGCUCCAGCAACCACCAACAUAUAAAUUCAAAAAUGGCUGUCCCUUCUGCAUAUUGUGAUCUUGGAAAGAGUGCCAGGGAUAUCUUUGGCAAGGGAUUUGGCUUUGGAUUUGUAAAGCUGGAUGCUAAGACAACAACGAGCAAUAAUGUGGGUUUCACUGUGUCAUCGUCCUCAAAUAACGAUACAGGAAAGGUAGACGCCAGCCUUGAAACCAAGUAUUCAUGGAAAGAAUAUGGUCUAUCAUUCAAGGAAAAGUGGGACACAGACAACAAGCUAUCAACAGAAGUAACAAUUGAGGACCAGAUUGCACAGGGAGUUAAGCUCACACUAGACACAAGUUUCUCACCACAGACAGGUAAGAAGAGCGGUCAGAUCAAGACGGCAUACAAGAGGGACUACAUCAACCUUACAGCAGACGUUGACUUUGACUUUGCAGGACCAACCGUACACAGUACUGGUGUUGUAGGGUACGAGGGAUGGCUGGCUGGUUUCCAGGUCUCAUUUGAUACAGCUGAAUCAAAACUGAAGAAGAGCAACUUUGCACUUGGUUACAAGACAUCUGACUUCCAACUUCACACAGCAGUUAACGAGGGAUCCGACUUCAGCGGUUCCAUCUACCAGAAGGUCAACGACAACCUCCAGACAGCCAUCAAUGUCGGCUGGGCAUCCACCACCAACACCACCCGCUUUGCCCUGGGCGCCAAAUACGUGCUGGACUCUGAUGCUUACCUCAACGCCAAGGUCAGCAACACCAGCCAGGUCGGACUUGGAUACACACAAACCCUAAGGCCAGGAGUAAAGAUGACCCUUUCAACCCUCAUUGAUGGAAAGAGCCUGAACCAAGGCGGACACAAACUCGGUGUGGGACUCGACCUUGAGGCGUAAUAUCCGCUUACCUCGCCAAUUUAACCACCAUGUAUUUAACAAGACAGAUUGAUGUAUCUAAAGAGUGUAAGAAAAGAUGUGAUCUAUGGUUCCCCUUCGCAUGGGCAAGGAGAGAGGUCGUCAUUGCAAUGAGUGUAGUAACUUUAAGAUGAAUGAGCAGGGAAUGGUAUGUUUGCAAUACAAGACAGGAGUAGGAAAAAAACAUUGUUUGUACUCCAAUCCCCCACUUUGAAAUGCCAGGCAAAAAAAAUUAUCACCCCCCCAUCCUAACUUCUUCCCUUCUCUUCUCGCACAUUUCUUUUUCAAAUGGACUUGAAAGGUGAUUAGGGUCAUUGUUUGAUUAUGUGCUAAAAAUGACCACAUUCAAAACACUCUUGCGAAGGUUGUAAAUGUGUGAUUGGAUUUAACCAGAGUAAAAAUCUAUAUAUAUAUUAUGAUUAUAUGCACUGAAGAUUGUUUGUACCUAGUUAUUUGAUACUUUCCUGAUGAGUAUUCUAAAUUUGAAUGUUGUGCACUUUGUUGCAAUUCAUUCAUCAGAAUUUUAAACCGCCAUUAGAAGGAAUUAUCAUAACUUCUCCCCUUUAUAAAUGGUAAUUAUCUUUAUCUAUGUAAACUAAUCCCUUUAUAGUGGUAUAAUAAUCCUGUUCUAGAAAUUAAUAAACUAUAUUGUUGACAUGUUACUGUUGACAUCUGUGUGUAUGUAGUAAAGGUAAAGGCUUUCUUUUUUGUAGUUUGAAGGUUCUAAAUUUUCCUUGUGUAUUAUAUAGUGAUAUUUUGUGGAAUUCAGAUUGGUCAUUGUAUGUCAUACACUAUUCUGUUCUUGGCAGUGGGGGUAUUGCAAAAAUUCAGGAAUGAUUUUAGGAGGAAGAUAUUAACCAAUCACUUGAAUAUAUGUGUUACCAUGCACUGCGGCAUAUCUAUAUAUAUAUUUUUUUCCAUGAUGCGAGCUCUAAUUGAACAUGCUGCCGUGCUGUGUGUCUAAACGGCAGCCUCUUCCAUUAGAGGUCUUUAAAAUUAAAGAUGUGCGAUGUUGAACCCUACAACAUGAUGUGUGUAUGCAAUGCUUUAUUUACAUGAAGAAAAAAAAACUGGUAAAGUGAUGUAGUGAAAUGACCGACUUGACUUACCGACUGUUCGUGGGAAUAAAGUCUCUGAAUAAUUUAA